UCUGCCACGCCCACCGCUGCCUCCCGCCACAGAGAGCGCAUUGAGUCGCGUCGCCUAUCCAGUCAGGGGAGAGAAACGUGGUGUGAAUGCACCUUCACCGCCGAUGCAUUCGGCUUCCUCGACGGCGCACGGCACCGACACAAACAAGCCAUUGAAGUGUGAUUGAUUCUUACGAGGAAAGAGCUGGAGACUUCCACCGGCAAGACAUCUUGGUCGAAGCUUGACUUUUUCAUUUUUUUCUUUUCUUAGGAUGUACUGUUGUCCACUCGCGUUUCGUUUCACAUCUAGAGAGACUGGAUCCUGGGUAGGAUUAACAUUAAAUUCCGCUGUGGUAGCCGACUCCGAGAACACUUGGCCAAUCGGUCACCGAAGGACUGGAAAGAGAGCAGAGUGAACCAAAACUACUUCGCUUUUCAUCUUUUCUUCUACCAGAUCAGUUUUAAUGAAGACCCAGAUCCUCCACUGACCGUCUGGCUGAAGGGACUCCAAGAAGAAGCAUGGGGUCGUCAUGGAAACCUCUUCUCCUGCUUUCCUUAAUCAGCUGCCUUUCAGACGCGGGCCGGGCCUUCGGCUGGUCCUCUUCGUCAUCGUCGUCGUUGCCAUCACUCCACUCACGGACCAGACGUAGACAGGACUACAGAGGAGGAGGAGGAGGAGGAGGAGGAGGGGGGGGAGACGACUGGUCCUCCUUCACCUCCAGUCUCCAUCCCCGCCACCCCCUCCAGCUGUCAGCACCCAGCUCGCUGGAGGAGGACUCCCUCAGCCAAGAGAGCGACGUGUACGGGCCCGUGUUCGUCCAGGAGCCCGAUGAUGUCAUCUACCCCUUGAACUCCGAGGACAAGAAAGUGUUGAUGAGCUGCGAAGCGAGAGGAAACCCCCCACCCAUACUCAGCUGGUUCAUCAACGGCACCGAGGUGGACCCCGAGGACGACGACCGCUAUAGCCUCGUCGACGGGAACCUGAUCAUCAGCAACGCCAGCGAGACCGCCGACUACGGGAAGUACCAGUGCCGCGCGACCAACGGCCUGGGGACCGCCGUGAGCCGCGACGCCCUGCUGCAGUUUGCCUACCUCGGAGCCUUCAGUGCUAAGACCAGAGGGGGCGUGUCCGUACGGGAAGGCCAAGGGGUGGUGCUCAUGUGCACCCCACCGCCACACUCUCCAGAGAUCAUCUACAGCUGGGUGUUCAACAAGUUCCCGUCGUUCGUGGCCGAGGACAGCAGGCGCUUCAUCUCCCAGCAGACGGGGAACCUGUACAUCUCCAAGGCCCAGCCAUCCGACGUGGGCAGCUACAUCUGCCUGGUGAAGAACAGCGUAACCAACGCCCGGGUACUCAGCCCCCCCACGCCCCUCACGCUCAAGACAGAUGCUCCGCCCAGCCCCGUGCCCACCAUCACCUGGAGGAAGAUCAACGGCAACAUCCCCAAGAAGGCGCGCCUGCGGAAGUCCCAGGCGGUCCUGGAGAUCCCCAGCGCACAGCUGGACGACUCGGGGACCUACGAGUGCAAAGCGGAGAACCCCCGCGGGGGCACGGCCUUCAAGGGCCACCUCCAGGUCUACACCCUCCCGCAGUGGAGUCGGCUGAUUAAUGACACCCAGUUGGACAGUGGGGAGACGCUCCACUGGGAGUGCAAGGCGGCAGGCCGGCCCAGGCCAACCUACCACUGGCUGCUCAAUGGAUCACCCCUGAUGAUCCAGGACCGAGUGGAAGUGGUCAACGGGGAGCUGAGCAUUCGCAACGUGAUGCAGUCAGACUCCGGGAUGUACACCUGCGUCGCCGAAAACAAGUAUGGAACCGUCUACUCCAACGCAGAGCUCAGGGUUUUAGCGUCGCCGCCUGUUUUCAUCCCCAACCCCGUGCGGGUCAUCGCCACCCUCGGUAAGGACGUGUCCCUCGCCUGCAAGCCCCGGGCCUCGCCCAAGCCCCGGGUCACCUGGAGGAGAGCGGACAGCCGGCGGCUUCAGCAGAGCAACCGGAUCAUGCUGCUGCGGGACAACACGCUGAGGAUCGUGAACUCCAGCCGCGCGGACGAGGGCCACUACGUGUGCCUGGCGGUGAACACCUUCGGCUCGGCCGAGAUGACGGCCAUGCUCUGGGUGAAAGAGCCCAUGCGCGUGGACCUGAGCCCCGGGCGGCUGGAGGUGACGGUGGGGGAGAGUGUGGUGCUGAGCUGCACGGCGACCCACGACACGUCGCUGGACGUCGGCUUCCAGUGGUCCUUCGACCAGCGGCCAAUCAACUUCCAGAAGGACGGCGGCCACCUGGAGUACAUCCAGACCGUCAGAGCGCAGCAGUCUUCUACAGUGGACUUGAUGAUCAGGAGCAUCCUCCUGAAGCAUGCUGAAUACGGAUGCCGGGCCCACACCAGCGCCGACGUAGUGUUCGCCGAGGCUGAACUUCUGGUCCGAGGGCCUCCCGGCCCCCCCGGGGUGGUGAUUGUGGAGGAGAUCACCGACAGCACAGCCACCCUCUCGUGGAGCCGUGGGCUGGACAACCACAGCCCCAUUAGCACCUACAAUCUCCAGGCCCGGAGCCCAUUCUCCCUGGGCUGGCAGACCGUCAGAACAGACCCCGAGCCCGUGACGGGCACCAUGGAGUCUGCCAUGGCCGUGGACCUGAACCCCUGGGUGGAGUACGAGUUCAGGGUGGUGGCGAGCAACGCCAUCGGCACGGGGGACCCCAGCGCCCCCUCCAGGGGAGUGCGCACCAAAGAAGCAGUCCCGGCGGUGGCGCCGGCUAACGUGAGCGGAGGAAACGGGCGCAGGCACGAACUGGUCAUCUCCUGGGAGCCUGUGUCGGAGGAGUUCCAGAACGGCGAGGGCUUCGGCUACAUCGUGGCGUUCCGCGCCAACGGCACGCGCGGCUGGAAGGAGAAGAUGGUGACCUCGGCCGACUCCACCACGUACAAGUACCGCGACGAGACCUUCCCGCCGCUCACGCCCUUCGAGGUCAAGGUCGGCGUCUACAACAACAAGGGGGACGGGCCCUUCAGCGCCGUGGUCACCGUGUACUCGGCCGAGGGCGAGCCCAGGGAGGCCCCCUCGGACGUCAAGGCGUCCGGAAUAUCUGCCUCCGAGGUCAGGGUCACGUGGAGACCCCCCAUCCCCGGUCCUGGAAGACCCGAGCGCUACGAGGUGAGCUUCUGGAAGGACGUGGAGCAGCAGGAGCAGUCCGGGUCAAAGCGCCAGACUGUGAGGAACGAGACCUCGGUGGUCCUGAGCGGUCUGGACGGGAACAGUCUUUACCACGUCACGGUGAGGGGCUUCAACACCAUAGGGCAGGGUCCGCCCUCCGCUGCCACCACCGCAAGGACCCGCAAGACCCCUCCGGAGCAGCCCCCCAGGAACUUGAGGUGGAUCCAGGAAGGCAACAACGUGUCCCUGUCUUGGGACCCGGUCCGGGCCCAAGACAACGAGUCUGAUGUCGUGGGUUACAUGGUGUUCCUGCGCCAGGAGGGACGAGGACACAACCAGGUGACCCGGACCAUCAACCCCUCGACGGUGCUCUCUCUGCCCGAGGGGGGCACCUACAUCAUGGAGGUCCGGGCGCUGAGUGACGGAGGCGAGGGGGCGGUCAGCACCCAGGUCCGGGUCUUGACCUCCUCCGGUGUGAGAGCCAAGAGCUCCCAGGGCUCGGUGCAUCGCCCCGCCAGCAGCCCCGUAUGGACCUCCAUCCUCCUGCUCCUGCUCCUCCUCCCGGUGCCUUUCUCUUCCUGGUGAGGAACCCCCCCCGACCCCCCGACCCUCUCCACCAGCCCCCCCCCCCCCCUGCUAGUGCCACCUCCCCCUGGGGGGCCUCCAGUCGACCGCCGGCUCCCUCGUCCUCCACCUCCGACCGACUGCUUGCUCCAGCCUUACCCCUCCACCACCACCACCACCACCACCAACAAGACCCCCCCCUCUGAUACCCAAACCGGAACCCCAACGCAGGCACCAACGGAGGGGGGGGGAGUCCGACAUUCCUCUCCCGACUCCCCCUCCGUGCCACCGCUCCGCAGACCCUCUGACUCGGCGGCGCUCUUUCCACUGUCACUGUAUUGUUGUGUACCGUAGCGUACGUCGCGUGGAAAGGUUCAGCUGCCGGUCGUACUUUUUUCCGACAGCUAGCCUUUUUUUUUUUUUAAAGUCCCGCCCAGACUGACACCUCAUCCCCCCCCCCCCCAACCCUCCAGUCGCCAACAUCAACCACCAAGCCCACCCUCCCCUACAGGCUCUCUGCGGGGGGGGAGGAGGGGGGGACCUAGAAGGGUGCCAGGGGGUGCCCCCCACACAGUUGCCGAACGUCUCCCGGAACUCUGUGAGGGCAGCGGCGACGGCACGGGGGGGC